UACAGAAUAGCGCUCUUGUACAGUUAUAUUUAUUCACGCAGUAUUUAGCGCACAGUAACAUCACUUACUUUUUAAGAAUCGAGAUGAAUGCUUUGGAUUGUGCGCAGUGAUACACCGCAGGACUAUUUCCAGUGUGGCAGUGGGAAGCCAUGUUGGGUGGCAGUGAGUGGCAGUUUCAGUCGUGAGUGCGAUUAGUUGUAAGGUGGACAUUUGGAAAGGAGCUAAAUACUAACACAAUAAUAUCGCCGUGGACUCUAUGCAGCUGUAACCACCAUGACGCAGAUGUUACCGAUACGGUUUCAAGAGCACCUACAGCUCACCAGUGUGGGCAUCAACCAAGCAAGCGUGAGCUUCAACACGCUCACGAUGGAAUCGGACAAAUUCAUAUGUGUGAGGGAGAAGGUUGGUGACACAGCACAGGUAGUUAUAAUAGACAUGGCAGAUCCAUCGAACCCUAUUAGAAGACCCAUAUCUGCUGACUCAGCUAUAAUGAAUCCAGCAAGCAAAGUUAUAGCUCUUAAAGGAAAGGCCGGUGUUGAAGCUCAGAAAACUCUUCAGAUUUUCAACAUUGAAAUGAAGAGCAAAAUGAAAGCACAUACAAUGACAGAAGACGUUAUAUUUUGGAAAUGGAUUUCACUUAAUACGCUAGCUCUUGUCACUGAGACGUCUGUGUACCACUGGAGCAUGGAGGGUGACUCUGUUCCUCAGAAGAUGUUCGAUAGACACUCAAGCUUAAAUGGGUGCCAAAUUAUUAAUUAUCGAACUGACCCAAAGCAGUCGUGGUUGCUACUUAUUGGAAUAUCUGCGCAGCAAAGCAGAGUAGUUGGUGCAAUGCAACUGUAUUCAGUUGAACGUAAAUGUUCACAACCUAUUGAAGGUCAUGCUGCGUCCUUUGCCCAGUUCAAGAUGGAAGGUAAUGCGGAACCAUCAACUCUUUUCUGUUUUGCAGUAAGGACACUGCAGGGUGGUAAGCUGCAUAUAAUUGAAGUUGGCCACCCACCAGCAGGGAAUCAGCCAUUCCCAAAAAAAGCUGUGGAUGUUUUCUUUCCACCAGAAGCACAGAAUGAUUUUCCUGUAGCUAUGCAGGUCAGUGCAAAGUAUGAUGUUAUCUACCUAAUUACAAAAUAUGGGUACAUUCACUUAUACGACAUUGAAACAGCAGUAUGCAUAUACAUGAACAGAAUAAGUGGUGAUACAAUAUUUGUAACUGCACCACAUGAAUCAUCAGGGGGAAUCAUUGGAGUCAACCGUAAAGGACAGGUGCUGUCUGUGAGUGUUGAAGAAGACAAUAUAAUACCUUACAUAAAUAGUGUACUGCAGAAUCCAGAUUUGGCUUUGCGUAUGGCUGUACGUAAUAAUCUUGCUGGUGCGGAGGACUUGUUUGUUAGAAAAUUUAAUCUACUGUUCCAAAAUGGGCAGUAUGCAGAGGCUGCCAAGGUUGCUGCAAAUGCACCAAAAGGAAUUUUGCGAACACCGCAGACUAUUCAGCGUUUCCAGCAAGUACCUACACCGCAGGGUCAGACUUCUCCUCUGUUGCAGUAUUUUGGUAUUUUAUUGGACCAGGGGCAAUUAAACAAAUAUGAAAGUCUGGAACUGUGUAGGCCUGUCCUACAGCAAGGCCGUAAACAAUUAUUGGAAAAGUGGCUGAAAGAAGAUAAACUAGAGUGCUCAGAAGAGCUUGGAGAUCUGGUAAAGCAGGCAGAUCCCACAUUAGCAUUGUCAGUAUAUCUGAGAGCUAACGUUCCCAAUAAGGUCAUCCAGUGUUUCGCUGAGACUGGCCAGUUCCAGAAGAUAGUGUUGUAUGCCAAAAAAGUGGGUUACACCCCAGACUACAUAUUCCUACUGAGAAAUGUUAUGCGCAUAAAUCCUGACCAGGGAGUUACUUUUGCGCAAAUGUUAGUCCAAGAUGAUGAACCUCUUGCAGAUAUAAAUCAGAUUGUGGACAUCUUCAUGGAGCAAAACAUGGUACCACAGUGCACAGCCUUCUUAUUGGACGCUCUGAAAAAUAAUAGGCCUGCUGAAGGACCAUUACAGACAAGAUUGUUGGAAAUGAAUUUGAUGUCGGCACCACAGGUUGCUGAUGCAAUACUUAGCAAUCAAAUGUUCACACAUUACGACAGAGCCCAUAUAGCACAGCUCUGUGAGAAAGCUGGCCUUCUGCAAAGAGCACUAGAGCAUUAUACAGAUCUGUAUGACAUAAAACGAGCUGUUGUCCACACACACUUGCUGAACCCAGAGUGGCUUGUUGGAUAUUUUGGUACCCUUUCUGUGGAGGAUUCACUUGAAUGCUUAAAAGCUAUGCUGACUGCAAACAUUAGGCAGAAUUUGCAGAUAUGUGUCCAGAUUGCCACAAAAUACCACGAACAACUAACAACAAAAGCUCUUAUAGAUUUGUUUGAGUCAUUCAAGAGCUAUGAAGGUCUUUUUUACUUCCUGGGCUCAAUAGUAAACUUCAGCCAGGACCAAGAAGUGCACUUCAAAUACAUUCAGGCUGCGUGCAAGACUGGUCAAAUAAAAGAAGUGGAACGUAUCUGCAGAGAGUCUAAUUGUUAUAAUGCAGAACGUGUUAAAAACUUCUUAAAAGAAGCAAAGCUUACUGACCAGUUGCCAUUGAUCAUUGUUUGCGAUAGAUUUGAUUUCGUCCACGAUUUGGUGCUAUAUCUUUAUCGCAACAACUUGCAGAAGUACAUCGAAAUAUAUGUGCAAAAGGUGAAUCCAUCAAGGUUGCCAGUUGUUGUUGGAGGGCUUUUAGAUGUGGACUGUUCAGAAGAUAUUAUAAAGAACUUGAUAUUGGUUGUCCGUGGGCAGUUUUCCACAGAUGAAUUGGUAGAAGAAGUUGAAAAACGAAACAGACUGAAAUUGCUUCUGCCAUGGCUUGAAUCUCGUGUUCAUGAGGGCUGUGUAGAACCAGCUACACACAAUGCCCUGGCGAAGAUCUACAUAGAUAGCAACAAUAAUCCUGAAAGAUUCUUAAAGGAGAAUCAGUUCUAUGAUAGCCGUGUUGUAGGAAAAUACUGUGAGAAGAGAGAUCCUCAUCUAGCUUGUGUUGCAUACGAACGGGGCCAGUGUGACAGAGAGCUAAUUAAUGUUUGUAAUGAGAACUCUCUGUUCAAGUCAGAAGCCAGGUAUCUGGUUCGAAGAAGGGAUCCUGAACUCUGGGCUGAAGUGCUGAAUGAAAACAACCCAUACAAAAGGCCUCUCAUAGACCAAGUGGUGCAGACUGCAUUGUCAGAGACCCAGGAUCCAGAGGAUAUAUCAGUAACUGUAAAGGCCUUCAUGACGGCUGAUCUCCCGAACGAACUUAUAGAGCUACUAGAAAAAAUUGUCCUAGACAAUUCUGUGUUUAGUGACCAUAGAAACCUUCAAAAUUUAUUGAUCCUGACAGCCAUAAAAGCUGACCGCAGCCGUGUAAUGGAAUACAUUAACCGCUUAGAUAACUAUGAUGCACCAGAUAUUGCAAAUAUUGCAAUUAAUAAUCAGUUGUAUGAAGAAGCAUUUGCAAUUUUCAAAAAAUUUGAUGUGAACACUUCAGCAAUCCAGGUAUUGAUUGACAAUGUACAAAAUCUUGAUCGGGCAUACGAAUUUGCUGAAAGAUGCAAUGAACCAGCUGUUUGGAGUCAGCUUGCAAAAGCUCAAUUGCAGCAGGGAAUGGUUAAAGAAGCAAUAGACUCAUUCAUAAAAGCUGAUGAUCCAUCGGCAUACAUGGAUGUUGUGGAAACUGCUCACAAAACAGGAAGCUGGGAAGAUCUUGUAAGAUACCUACAAAUGGCUCGUAAGAAGGCCAGAGAAUCAUACAUAGAAUCUGAACUAAUUUAUGCAUAUGCACGCACAAAUAGACUGGCUGACUUGGAGGAGUUUAUAUCUGGACCAAACCAUGCUGACAUUCAAAAGAUUGGUGAUCGUUGUUUUGAUGAUGGGAUGUAUGAAGCUGCAAAAUUGUUGUACAACAAUGUUUCAAAUUUUGCCCGGCUGGCCAUUACUUUAGUACAUCUGAAAGAAUUCCAAGGAGCUGUCGAUGGGGCAAGAAAGGCAAACAGCACAAGAACGUGGAAAGAAGUGUGUUUUGCCUGUGUGGACAGUGAGGAAUUCAGAUUAGCACAGAUGUGUGGCCUUCACAUUGUUGUUCAUGCAGAUGAAUUGGAAGAUCUCAUAAACUAUUACCAGGACAGAGGCUAUUUUGAGGAACUGAUAAAUUUGCUAGAAGCUGCUCUCGGCUUGGAAAGAGCACACAUGGGAAUGUUUACAGAACUAGCAAUUUUGUAUUCAAAGUACAAACCUGCCAAAAUGCGUGAGCACCUGGAACUGUUCUGGUCUCGUGUAAACAUACCAAAGGUUUUGCGGGCAGCAGAGCAAGCUCACCUUUGGGCGGAACUAGUGUUCCUAUAUGAUAAGUAUGAGGAAUACGAUAAUGCUGUAAUAGCAAUGAUGAACCAUCCAACAGAGGCCUGGCGUGAGGGACAUUUCAAAGACAUAAUUACAAAGGUUGCAAACAUAGAGCUGUACUACAAGGCCAUUCAGUUCUAUCUAGAUUACAAACCCCUUCUGCUGAAUGAUGUGUUGUUGGUGCUGGCGCCGCGUAUGGAUCACACACGUUCAGUCAACUUCUUCACAAAGGUAAAUCACCUUCAAUUAGUGAAGCCGUAUCUUCGUUCCGUUCAGAGUCUGAACAACAAAGCUAUCAAUGAAGCCCUAAAUAAUCUUUUAAUAGAAGAAGAAGAUUAUCAGGGUUUGCGGACAUCGAUAGAUGCGUUUGAUAACUUUGAUAAUAUUGCACUUGCACAGAAGUUGGAAAAACAUGAACUAAUAGAAUUCAGACGCAUAGCAGCAUACUUAUACAAGGGCAACAACCGUUGGAAGCAGUCUGUGGAACUAUGUAAAAAGGAUAGACUAUUCAAGGACGCAAUGGAGUAUGCAGCAGAAUCGAAGAAUGCAGAAGUAGCGGAAGAGUUACUUGCGUGGUUUCUGGAAAAGGGAAAUCAUGAUUGCUUUGCAGCUUGCUUAUUCCAGUGCUAUGACUUGCUUCAUCCAGAUGUCAUCCUGGAAUUAGCUUGGAGGCACAACAUCUUAGAUUUUGCUAUGCCUUACCUGAUUCAAGUUGUGAGAGAAUAUAUAACAAAGGUCGAUAAAUUGGAAGAGGCAGAGUCGCAGCGGUUGGAAGAGACUGCGCAGCAAGAUCAUAAACCUAUGAUCAUGCCGGAACCCCAGCUAAUGCUGACAGCUGGUCCUGGAAUGGUUGGCCCUGGAUAUGUUCCUGGGUAUACCAAUGCCUAUGCGCCUGGAGUGCCCUAUCAAGGGUAUGGAAUGUAAAUGGCUGCUGUGUUGCCGUGAAAAAAUCAGAAGAAAUGAAUUUUAAAAAGUGGUGUCUACAACAUCCAUGUCUGAUUAGUUACUGUUAAAUGUUGAAGCAUUUAGAGAGGAUUAUGGUAAAGAGAUUAAUCUGUUGUUAUUUCAGUGAGGAGUCCCAUUUAGAAUAGGGACUGAAAGUUCAGAUGUGGGUGCAAUAUGAGCUGUGUUGAAUCAUCUGUUAAAACAUUUUAGAAGUAUCACAGAGAUGGAAGCAAAUUAUUGUAGAUAGCUUACAUGGAGUGAUCAGCUGAAAUGUGUAAGAUGUGGAUAUAGCUGAGAUUUUUCUGUGGACUAUAUCUGCCUGUGCUUAUUAAUGUGCAAAUGUAUAAAAAUCAUAGAUAAAUUUUGAAUUUUUGGUAUUGCUGUGAGGCGUUAGAAAUAGACAGAGGGUUAUUGAAGUGAAUGCUAGAGAUAACAUUGAGUUGACACAUGUAAUUGUGUUAAACUGUUCUCUAAUCUCUUCCUUGUUCAUUGACUGUACGGUAUACUGUAUUAUAUAUUUGUGAAUGUACUGCAAUAAUGUAGACCAGUGACAAUAGUGUUCUCAUCUCAUUUAAUUUCAAAUUGUGAGAAACAUUAGUUGAAGUAUAAAGUUCAUUCCGUGGCUGUCUGUGAAGUUAUUGUGUGCAAGAAAGUGAAACUAAACUGGUGAGUGUGUGUGUUUCAUGUGAUGCUGCUUGUUGGUGUGCCUUUCCAUCUUCAUUCCAUUCUUCGGUGUGGUGGUCCAUUCCAUAUACAGUGUUCAUACAUUACUUUCGCAUUCAGCAGUGUGAAUAAAGGGGUGAAUAUCGCAUUACUCUGCGUGAAUAGUUAAGAGGGUGUAUUUUGUGUUGAAACUCUGUUUUAAUGUUUUGUUACAGUAUGCUUUGCACCCUCAUGACUAUUGUUGCAUGAAAAAAUUAUUUAUUGUUGAUGAUGUGAAAAAUUAUUGAGCAAUCAAUAUAGAAAAAAUGUUGACUCACUUAACUCUUUUGUAUACUGUAUUUAUUUUUCUGAUUACUGGUAUUUGUUGAUCAUCUAUUUACAUUUAUUGUCGUUAUAAUAUGGAACAGCAAAAGAACUUAUUUACUGCAGCGACUCCUGACUGUUCAUUGUAAAGAUAAUAAAUAAAUAAUUUAACUGUG